AAACUGACUGGUUGGAAAUUACUGGUAAUGAUGAUGUAUGUAAUAGCUGCACUGGUCAUUCUGAUAGCUUCUAAAAACUUCUCAAAGUUCUGGCCUACACUGGAUUUUCCCAUCUCUGUACAUUACUGGGAUGCUUCCACGAAACCCUCGUGUCCUAAGUCAUCAAACAAUCAAACAAACACUGACAUGAAAAUAAAUAAAAUCAAGAAGCAGCUAGACCAGCUCAUUCCACACAGGCCUUUCUCUCAUAUCAACACCACCACGAGUGCAGCCCACAGUGUGGCCAAAAUCAUUGAUCCUAAGACCAACUACUGCAGAGGGGAUCAGCUAGAUAUUGUCCUGGAGGUGAGAGACUACUCAGGACAAAGAAAAACAUAUGGAGGGGACUUCUUAAGGGCCAGAAUUUCUUCCCCAGAUCUGAAGGCAGGGGCUUCAGGAAGAGUGAUUGACUUCAACAAUGGCACCUACCUUGUCAGCUUCACUUUAUUCUGGGUGGGCAGGGUCUCUAUGUCUCUUCUGCUCAUGCAUCCUAGUGAAGCGGUGUCUGCGCUCUGGAGAGCAAGGAAUAGAGGCUAUGAUAAGGUGAUUUUCAUAGGCCAAUUUGCCAAUGGCACAUCCCGGGUCUUCAGUGAAUGUGGCCUGGUUCUAAACACAAGUGCUGAACUGUGCCAGUACCUGGACCCUCGAGACGAAGAAGCUUUCUACUGUGUGAAACCUCCGCAAGCGUCCUGUGAUGCACUGUCCUACCUGAAAUCUAAGAAUAAGCAAGUUUCUUAUCUUAGCAGCCUAGAGAAAAGCCUCUUUGUCAGGUCCAAUGUAGGGGUGGAGAUUUUGAACAGCUUUGAUCCCAUCAAUGUCUCAGUGUGUAACAAUCAAACAAUGUCAUUAAAAGGGAAAUGCAAACCUAGGAAGUGGUCCCCAGUCCCCACUGGCUAUGUCUGGAAUAAUGCAUGGAAUCUGGUCUUCUGCAAUUUGUCUUAUUUCCACAUUGAGACCCAAAUGAAUGUUUGUUUGAAGGGAAAACUCAUUUAUAUCCUGGGAGACUCCACAACCCGUCAGUGGAUGGAAUACUUCACAAAGAACAUCAAAACACUGAUGUCUGUUGACCUCCAUGGAUUUGGGAAACUCGGUCAUCAACUGGCUGUGGACUUAAAAAGGAAGAUCUCCAUUCAGUGGCAAAGACAUGGCUACCCUUUGGUUGGCUCAAGUAGCUAUUCAGCAAAAGAGAAUGAGUACCUGGCCCAUGCCAUAGACAGAAUAGCAGGGGACAGAAACACUAUUAUUGUCUUUUCUCUGGGCCAACACUUUAGGCUUUUCCCCAUUGAUAUCUUCAUCCGACGGGCCAUCAAUGUCCAUAAUGCCAUUAAACGUCUAUUCCAGAGAAGCCCAGAAACAAGAGUGAUCCUCAAGGGUGAAAAUACCAGGGAAAUUAGUAAUGAUUCUGAGCGAUUUAGUGACUUCCAUGGCUAUAUUCAGUCUCUGGUGUUGAAAGACAUCUUCCAGGAUGUUGACGUGGGUUUCAUUGAUGCCUGGGACAUGAACAUUGCCUAUGACACUAAUAAUGUCCACCCACCUGAAUAUGUGGUUGCAAAUCAGAUUAACGUGUUCUUAAACUAUGUUUGCUAG